AUGCUAAAAAUUAUUAUCCCUACUGCCAUACUCAUACCGAUAACAUGACUAUCAAAACCCAACAUAAUCUGAAUUAACUCAACUACCUACAGCCUCCUGAUCAGCCUUAUUAGCCUUUCCUAUUUAAAUCAACUAGGCGACAACAGCCUAAAUCUCUCAUUACUAUUCUUCUCAGACUCACUUUCUGCACCUCUACUAGUAUUAACAACAUGACUCCUGCCACUAAUACUUGUGGCUAGUCAGUCACACCUAUCAAAAGAGACCUUGGCCCGAAAAAAACUAUACAUCACGAUACUUAUUACUUUACAACUUCUCCUAAUUAUAACAUUCACCGCCACAGAACUAAUUAUAUUUUAUAUCCUAUUUGAAGCCACAUUAAUCCCCACCCUUAUUAUUAUUACCCGAUGGGGCAAUCAAACGGAGCGACUAAACGCUGGCCUAUACUUUCUACUCUACACCUUGGUAGGCUCACUGCCCCUCCUAGUCGCACUGCUAUACAUUCAAAACACAACGGGAACUUUAAAUUUCCUAAUCAUUCAAUACUGAACCAAACCAAUCUCAACCACCUGGUCUAACAUCUUUCUCUGACUAGCAUGCAUAAUAGCAUUUGUAGUAAAAAUACCUCUAUAUGGACUCCACCUGUGAUUACCAAAAGCACAUGUCGAAGCCCCCAUUGCCGGCUCAAUAGUACUUGCUGCCGUACUGUUAAAACUAGGGGGAUAUGGAAUGAUACGUAUUACAAUUCUACUCAACCCCACAACAAACCAAAUAGCAUAUCCUUUCAUGAUGCUGUCCCUAUGGGGAAUAGUUAUAACAAGUUCUAUCUGUUUACGUCAGACAGACCUGAAAUCCGUAAUCGCAUAUUCAUCCGUAAGCCAUAUAGCCCUAGUAAUUGUAGCUGUGCUAAUCCAAACACCCUGAAGUUAUAUAGGAGCUACAGCCCUUAUAAUCGCCCGCGGACUAACCUCCUCAAUAUUAUUUUGCCUCGCAAACUCAAACGACGAACGAGUCCAUAGCCGAACAAUAAUUCUAGCACGAGUCCUACAAGCCAUCCUCCCUCUGAUAGCUGCCUGAUGGCUACUAGCCAGUCUCGCGAACCUAGCCCUGCCUCCUACCAUUAACCUAAUCGGAGAGCUAUUUGUAGUAAUAGCUUCCUUCUCAUGAUCCAACAUAACUAUCGUCCUCAUGGGUACAAAUAUUAUCAUCACAGCCCUAUAUACCCUCUAUAUGCUCACUACAACCCAACGAGGUAAAUAUACACACCACAUUAAAAACAUCAAUCCAUCAUUCACACGAGAAAACACCCUAAUAGCCCUUCACCUGCUCCCACUCCUUCUCUUAUCACUCAACCCCAAAAUCGCACUAGGUCCUAUUUAUU